AUGGUGCUUGCAGAUCUUGGUAAAAGAAUCAAUAAUGCCUUACAGCAAUUAAAUAAGGCUCCUGUCAUUGAUGAAGAAUUAUUAAAUUAAGUUUUGAAAGAAAUUUAGUUGGCUCUUCUCUAAUCUGAUGUUAAUGUCAAAUAUGUAGCCAAACUAAAGAGUAAUAUCAUCAUGAAAUUUAAGAUGGAAGAUAGUUAGGGUGUUAAUUUAAAGAAGAUGAUUCAGUAGGCAGUCGUUUAGGAGUUGACAUAAAUGUUAGAUUCAAAUAAAAAGCCAUUCGUUCCUAAAAGAGGCAAACCAAAUGUUGUUAUGUUUGUUGGUCUAUAGGGUGCUGGUAAAACCACCACUUGUACAAAGUACGCAUAUCACUGGUAAAAAAAAGGUUGGAGAACUGCAUUGAUUUGUGCUGAUACUUUCAGAGCAGGUGCUUUCGAUCAACUUAAGUAAAAUGCAACAAAAGUUAGAGUACCUUUUUAUGGUAGCUAUUCCGAAACUGAUCCUGUAGCUAUUGCCGAAGAAGGUGUUAAACACUUUAAAAAGGAGAACUACGAAAUGAUUAUUGUUGAUACUUCAGGUCGUCACAAAUAAGAAAGUGAAUUGUUCGAUGAAAUGAAACAAGUUCAAGCAGCAGUUAACCCAGAUGAAUGUAUUUUCGUCAUGGACGGUUCGAUUGGUUAAGCUUGUUACGAUUAAGCUUAGGCUUUCAGAAAUGCUGUCAAUGUUGGUAGUGUUAUUAUUACUAAGCUUGAUGGUCAUGCUAAGGGUGGUGGUGCUUUGAGUGCUGUCGCUGCUACUGAGAGUCCUAUUAUUUUUAUUGGUACUGGUGAACAUUUUGAAGACUUGGAACCUUUCAAUCCUGAAAGUUUUGUCAAAAGACUACUUGGUUUGGGUGAUAUUAAGGGUAUGAUAACAACUGUCACUGAAGCUGUUGAUAUGGAAACUUAAGGAAAAGCCAUCGCAAAUAUAACAAAAGGACAGUUCUCUAUUAGAGAUUUCUAGGCACAAUAUAAGAGUAUCUUAAAAUUAGGUUCAAUUAACUAGUUUAUGAGUAUGAUUCCUGGUAUGGGUAACAGUAUACUUGAUAAAAAUAAUGAAAAGGAAUCUAUUAGAAAAGUAAAGAAAUUCUUAACUAUCAUGGAUAGCAUGAACGAUAACGAAUUAGAUGGUGUUGUUGCCAUUAAUCCUUCUAGAAUUGUCCGUAUUGCAAGAGGUUCAGGUUCUUCAUUAGAAGAUGUUAACUAACUUUUAGACGAGUACAAAAAAAUAUCUAAAGUAUUUAUUGGAUUAGGUAAAGGUCUUGGUAAAGGAGGUGAUAUUGGUAAUAUAAUGAGAAACCCUAACUAAAUAAAGAACUAAAUGGGUGCAGCCCUCGACCCUAAGAUGAUCUAAGGCAUGGGUGGUAUGGGUAAUAUAAUGAACAUGGUCAAAGAAAUGUCAAAGAUGGAAGGAGUAGGUGAUCUUAUGAAAGGAUUAGGUGGAGGAAAUAUGGCUGAAAUGAUGAAAAGUUUGGGUGGUAACAUCCCUGGUUUAUCAGGUUUAACUAAAAAAAGAAGAUGA